AGGAGAUCGUUUGAGUUGAGGAUGUAAUUUUUUUAAAGGUCCAAUAAGCCCUAUAGUGUUGGUUAGUGUCGAAAAAAAUGAGAAAAUUGCUUGGGCCAAAAGCUGGUGGGAAGUGAGCCUGAAGCGUGCGGUGGACUCGGGGUCAGACAUAAAGAGGGACUGGGGACGUCCGCUUUGUAGCUCUGUACCUGAACCUCAGAACCGGGCUUUAAGGACAUCUGCCUAAUAAUGGAUCAAACAGGCUAGGAAUGACAACUGGUAGACUCAGUGCUCUUGGUUUCAGUAUCCCCCGGGUCUUGACCAAAACAGUGAGUUAGGAAGCUUUCCUUGGUGCCUUUCCUGGGUGCGGACUCUGAGCCUCCCCGUAGAGCAGUCGUGUAGGCAAGAGGGGCGUAAGAGACCCAAGGGAAGGGGCCGAAAGCCGCCUGAUUGACAGCCCGAAAUCGGAUCUUGUGAAAGAGACGUGGAGCCAAUGGGAGGCAGCGAUCCAUCAGUUUGGAUUGGAGGCCCCUGGAGGAGAAGUAGAGGAAAAACCACCGAAUUGAGCUCUGUCAGAGGCGCUUUCGGCUUCCAAGGGGAAGUGCUGGGCAAUAAUUAAUGUUUUUAUUAAAUCUGGAGGGAAUUUUUUGCAGCCGUUCGCCUAGCGUGGCCUUCAGGUUGAUAGAAGUCCAGACCCCGAGGAAAUCUCCAGCUAAAUGCUCAAAAUAUAAACCACUGAGCUAAUAUUUGCGAAGAGCAGCAGAAUGGAUGGAUUUUAUGACCAGCAAGUGCCUUACGUGGUCACCAACAGUCAGCGUGGGAGAAAUUGUAACGAGAAACCAACAAAUGUCAGGAAAAGAAAAGUCAUUAAUAGAGAUCUGGCUCAUGAUUCAGAAGAACUCUUUCAAGAUCUGAGCCAGUUACAAGAAACAUGGCUUGCUGAAGCUCAGGUACCUGACAAUGACGAGCAGUCUGUGCCAGACUAUCAGGCUGAAAGUGUGGCUUUUCAUGGACUACCACUGAAAAUCAAGAAAGAACCCCACAGCCCCUGUUCAGAACUCGGGUCUGCCUGCAGUCAAGAGCAACCUUUUAAAUUCAGCUAUGGAGAAAAGUGCCUGUACAGCAUCAGUGCCUAUGAUCAGAAGCCACACGUGGGAAUGAGGCCCUCCAACCCCCCGACACCAUCCAGUACUCCAGUGUCUCCACUACAUCAUGCAUCUCCAAAUACAGCUCAUACUCCGAAACCUGACCGGGCCUUCCCAGCUCACCUCCCUCCUUCUCAGUCCCUACCAGACAGCACCUACCCCAUGGACCACAGGUUUCGUCGCCAGCUUUCUGAACCCUGUAAUUCUUUUCCUCCUCUGCCGACAUUGCCAAGGGAAGGGCGUCCUAUGUACCAACGCCAGAUGUCUGAGCCAAACAUCCCCUUCCCACCACAAGGCUUUAAGCAGGAAUACCACGACCCAGUCUAUGAACACAACACCAUGGUUGGAGGUGCAGCCAGCCAAAGCUUCCCCCCUCCUUUGAUGAUCAAACAGGAACCCAGAGAUUUUGCAUAUGAUUCAGAAGUGCCUAGCUGCCACUCCAUCUACAUGAGGCAAGAAGGCUUCCUGGCUCACCCAAGCAGAACAGAAGGCUGCAUGUUUGAAAAGGGCCCCAGGCAGUUCUACGAUGACACGUGUGUUGUCCCAGAGAAGUUCGAUGGGGACAUUAAGCAAGAGCCAGGAAUGUACCGGGAAGGACCCACGUACCAGAGACGAGGGUCCCUUCAACUUUGGCAGUUUUUGGUAGCUCUUCUGGACGACCCUUCAAAUUCUCAUUUCAUUGCCUGGACUGGACGAGGCAUGGAAUUCAAGUUGAUUGAGCCUGAAGAGGUGGCCCGGCGUUGGGGCAUUCAGAAGAACAGGCCAGCUAUGAACUAUGACAAACUUAGCCGUUCUCUCCGCUAUUACUAUGAGAAGGGAAUCAUGCAGAAGGUGGCUGGAGAGAGAUACGUCUACAAAUUUGUGUGUGACCCGGAAGCCCUUUUCUCCAUGGCCUUUCCGGAUAACCAGCGCCCACUGCUGAAGACGGACAUGGAACGUCACAUCAACGAGGAGGACACGGUGCCUCUGUCUCACUUUGACGAAAGCAUGGCCUACAUGCCGGAAGGGGGCUGCUGCAACCCCCACCCCUACAACGAGGGCUACGUGUACUGAAAGGAGAGACAGUCAAGCAGGGCACCCCGCGCUUCGCCUGUUUUGUUUUUCAAGAUUGAGAGAAUCACCGAAUUCUCUUCAAUCUUUGUUUUAUUUUUGUUGUUUGUAUUUUAUUUUUAAAAUAAUAAUACAAAAAGGGGCUUUUCCUGUUGCAUUAUUCUAUGGUCUGCCAUGGACUGCGCACUUUAUUUGAGGGUGGGUGGGAAUAAUUUAGACAUUCAUUCUUUGUUAGAGGAAGAUGGUGGGUGAACGGGCAGAGGGAACUGGGGAUUCCUUUUUACUUAGGCUUGGGAUGGGGUCCUACGGGUUUUCUGUAUGAUGAAGCUAUAUCAUGUUUGUUCGAAUUCAUAAUAACAUAAGAUAAUUUUCUCGGUAUCUACGGUACAUUUGAUUUCACAUAUGUAAAUAUCUACUUGGAGACCAUUUGCCUUGGGCAUUUCCCCAUCAUUACUGAAGUCUUUGCAGGUGUACAAACUACUGUAAAUGGCAGUUUAAUGUUAGAAAUGACUGUUUUGCAGCUCUUGUAAAAAAGCAAAGUAUUUAGCAAUUACAUUUGCUGUUCUUUCUGUUCCAUUUUGCUUUACACAUGACUUGUGAAGGGUAAGCAUAUAUUUGGGCAAUUCUUUCUGAAUUUGAGUAAUCACCGUUACUGUAAAUGAGCGGCACAAUUUUGGACUCUGGCUCCAAUUGAGUCAUAGGCCAGUAGCAUUACAUGUACCCGGUGCCAUCUUGCUGUUUCAGUACGAAUACUAUCUUUUAAAUAUGUCAAUGCCCAUUUCAGUUAAAUAAUGACAUGUCAUGAUCCUUUGGAAUCUUCAUUUAAGUGUUAAAUCUGGGAUCACAAUGAAGCAAAAAGAGAAAAAAAAUACCUGUCUCCUUUCACUAUCUUCAGUACAUAAAUACAUUAUUUAAUCAAUAAGAAUUAACUGUACUAAAUCACAUAUUACGCUGUUCUAGUUACAGCAAGCACUCUUUAAGAAAAAUAUCCACUACACUAAAUAGGUACUAUAGUAAUUUUUAGACAUGGUACCCAUUGAUAUGCAUUUAAAUGUUUCACGGCUGUGUUCUGUUGAUAACAUAUAUAAAUAUUAGAUAAUGCUAAUGCUUCUGCUGCUGUCUUUUCUGUAAUAUUCUCUUUCAUGCUGAAUUUACUAUGACCAUUUAUAAGCAAUGCAGUUAACUACAGAUAGCAUUUCAGGACAAAAUAGAUGACUCAAACCAUUUAUUGCUUAAGAAAUAGCUUACACCAUGCCUUGCUAUAAGCAGCUUUUAUGCACAUUGACAAAUGAAGAGUGAGCUUCAGCUUGCUAAGGGAAACUGGGAACUUGUGUAACUUUUGGCGAUUUGGAGCACUGUUCAUGAACGGUUAAAGAAUAUGGGAAGUUGCUGUGUGACAGCUGAUGCGGUCCAUCGUCUCCUGGACAUGCCUGUAGAUGUGAUCUGACUGUAUGAAAGAAGAUUCAAAGAUCUAAA